CUCACCAUAUAUAUUUGUAUGUGUGUUUUAAUAUUGGUGUGGAAGGUUGUGAUAAGGUGUAAGCCAGACAUGAAGGGAACUGUGAGGUACUUGGCUGGGAUCGCAGGUCAAAGCGGGUAUGGAUCUAAGUCAACUGCUGAACAAGUUACGGAACACUGUUCUUCCCUUCCUCCUAAUCUCACUGCUAUCGUCACUGGGGCUACAUCUGGAAUUGGUGCUGAGACAGCCCGCGUGUUGGCAAAGAGAGGCGUGAGGAUUGUGAUCCCGGCAAGAGAUCUACGGAAAGCAGCACAAGUGAAAGAAAAUAUACAAAAAGAACACCCGAAAGCAGAGAUCAUAAUUCUAGAGAUUGAUUUAAGUUCAUUUGCUUCUAUCAAAAAAUUCUGUUCAGAAUUUUUGUUUCUCGGGCUACCUCUUAAUAUUCUCAUAAAUAAUGCAGGAAAAUUUUCUCAGAAAUUGGAGUUCUCAGAGGACAAAUUUGAGAUGACUUUUGCUACAAAUUAUUUGGGUCAUUUUCUAUUAACGGAACUACUGUUAGAGAAAAUGAUAGAAACUGCAACGCAAACCGGAGUCCAAGGAAGAAUAGUGAAUGUUUCGUCGGUGAUUCAUGGUUGGGUGAAUAAAGACCACUUCAGUUUCAACCGAAUGCUCCAACCAAAAUAUUAUAACGCAACACGAGCAUAUGCCCAAUCGAAGUUGGCCAACAUAAUGCAUGCUAAUGAAAUUGCAAGACAAAUUAAGGAAAGAAAUGCAAAUGUAACAAUCAAUGCAGUACAUCCAGGGAUAGUGAAGACUGGAAUCAUCAGGGAUCACAAAGGCGUUAUCACAGAUUCUCUGUUCUUCGUUGCUUCUAAGUUGUUGAAAUCAACAUCACAAGGCGCAUCAACCACAUGCUAUGUAGCUCUGAACUCGAAAACAGAAGGGAUGAGUGGGAGAUAUUUUGUAGAUUGUAAUGAGAGCCGUUGUUCAACGCUUGCGAAUGAUGAUUCUGAAGCACACAAGCUAUGGAAACAGACUCGGGCACUCAUCCAUAAACGACUACGAGCCAACUAAGAUCUUGAAAUUCUUUUAAUUAUCUGGUGUCGAUCGAGCUAUAUAUACUUUUAUAUAUUAUGCUCUCUGUAUAUGUGUAGAUUUAGAUGUAUAUUUUGAAUCCUAACAUGGGAUUUGUCAAGACGAAAGAUAAAUUACAAAGGCAAGUCAAAAUAUGGCAAAUUGUUGGAAAUAAAU